ACCUGGCAAGAAGAGACUGAACGCCUGCGUGAAAGCUAGAACAACAUCAUCGUCUCUCGCUGAAGCAUGAGGAAGCUCCAAGCGGCCACAAACGCUAUCUCGCGUCUACGGAUCGCGGCACCUCACCACCUAUUACCACCGCGUCUUCGCCAUGAGGAUAAACACCAUCGCGCAGGAACGUAGCAGAUAGGAAGAAAUGCCUCGAAUCGGCGCGAAGCAGAAACGACAAUGGAGUGGACGUUCACCGAUUCCAAACCUUUGGCGCAUCCAUGGAGCGGUGAUAACGCGGAGCGAUGAAGAAAACGGUUGCAGGAACGGUGCAUGAGCAACGACGAAAAUGAAGCGAAGUCGCAAAUGGUGUCUUUCCGAUGCAGAAGGGAUAGAGUAGUCACAGAGUGACGAAGAUCGGUUGGACAAUUCACGAUUGAAGAAUGGAUGGUGUAGAAUCAAGAGGAACCUUGAAGGAGAGAUGAAGGUUGAAGAUAUUUUUGAAGAAAACAGAAUGAAGAAACAGGAUGAAGAUUUUGAGAAGAAGAGUGGAAAAAAAUUCUGCAGAAGAUUGGUUAUCUCAAGAUUGAAGAGGUUGAAGAUUGAUUUAUAGUAUUCCCAAAAAUCGAUGAAACGCUUUUGAGUUUGGAGGUGCCGUUUUGAUCUCGCGUUUUGCCGUUUGGACUUGGAGUGUUACCUGCGUUUUCUGCUAUGCUUCUAUGUUUUCCCUGCUAUGCUGCUGCGUUUUCCGUCACAGGGUUUGACUUCAAUUGAAUGUGGUUACUAGUAUGGAAAAGGGACUUGGAUAUGGAUUGGAUUGGAUUGGAUUGGAUUAAGAGUGGAUGGUAAAUGGAUAUCGACAUGGAUUUGGAUAUUAGCAUGAAACUCUCUCUCUCUCUCUCUGAAAUGGGAAUCAACAAACUAGAGGAUCUAAAAUGGCACGAACAUGACAUCGCCAUACCGAAGCUAUCAACAAAUCAAGCGGAAUUCCUAUUUCGGUUCUACAGAGAUCUUGAACGGGUCCGAAUUGACACCCUGUCUUGUUUCGGCAAUGUCAUCUCAUGCAUUCAGCGAUUUUCAAAUGAGAGAGUCGCUGUCAAGAUUCUCCCCAUUCCUCAAGACCAGAUCAUCAACGGAAUCCCUUCCUCCAUUUUGAAUCACGCCUCUAUCCUUAAAGAUUUGGACCAUCCCAAUAUCGUCAGGCUACUUCAAGUUGUGGCUACUGAGGAAGAUGUGUAUCUUGUUUUUGAGAAUGUUAACCUAAAUCUUGAAAGAUACAUCACCAAUCCCAUGCUUAGCAUUGACACACUUGAAAGAUCUGUUCUACGUCAAGCUCUUUCUGGACUGGCAUACCUCCAUUCUCACAACAUUGUACACGCAGAUAUCGAUCCUUUUAGCAUUCUCUUUAAAUACACCCUAGAGGAACCUCCUGUAGUGAAGCUAUGUGGUAUUCGUGCACCCAAAACUUCUACUAGUCAGGGUCAUCCUUCCUAUAAAGCACCUGAACUUUUGAUGGGCUCCACCAAUUACUCGACCGCAAUUGAUAUCUGGUCUAUGGGCUGCAUGUUUGCUCACAUCAUUAAGCGCCGACCUCUGUUCAAUGCUAUAGAGGAGCAUAGGGUAUUGGCUGAGAUAUUUUGUUUGUUAGGUACGCCAACAGAAGAAACUUGGCCCGGCGUGUCUUCUAUAUGCAAAUUUAUUCAAGCAUUUAACCCUCCAAUACAGCCAAAGGAUCUAGCUGAAGAGUUCCCUACCCUUGAACCUGUUGGUCUUGAUCUUCUUUCGAAAAUGCUUUGCCUGUGCCCAAAUGGCAGGAUUUCAGCUUAUGAAGCUCUUGACCAUCCGUAUCUUCGACAUUGACCACCCAUGAUGAAGCUCUUGCUUUGACUACUAUCUCAUCCUUUGUGUACUUUUAACAGAACAAUCUUAUAGAAUCUUAGGUAUCCUACUGGUAUACGACCCACGCACGGUAUAUGAAAUCUAAAAACCAUUGAUUUUUAGUAAUUCCUUGAUCAUGUUGUGUUUUCGUAUGAAAAGUAUUCCAUUGAUAUGUUUCGUUGUUUUAGGAAUUUAACGCGUAAUUUCUAUUUUUCUGUUAAAUAAUGUUGGAAUUAAUAAUGCUUUAAAGUGGUUUUAUGAAGUUUCUGAAAUAUAGCUAGUAGACAUAAGUGUAAAUUGAGUAGGAGGCUCAAGUUCAAAAACCAAGUUCGUUACAUGAAGCAAUGCAUGUUGCCUCCAAUUAUUCAUCGUUUAGCUUUCAUAAAAAAACACCUUUAUGCCUUAGUUUUUGUCAGUAAUUUCUUGUGGGCAGAGAUCUUGCAUGUGUUUUCCAAGUAGAGGCGGGUUUUUCUUGCAUUGAUUUUUCGUCUCUUCUGUUGCUUGAUUAGGGAUUGGUUUAUCAACUAUCUUGGGGUUUUGCUUUUGAAUGAUUGCUCCUUUUUGUUUGUUUGAAUGUCUCUUUUUUUAGUCAUAUAAGUUCGGUACAUCUUGUGCAAUCUCUUAUUAUUAUUGUUCUUUGUUUUUUUUUUUUUAUAUUUUACGUGAUAGACUUUAUUAGAUUGGAAG